AUGAUAACUUUUACUAGAGCAGUUCACCUCUUACCGAUCUUUUUUCCUAUCUUGAUCGUCGUCACAAUUCUUACCCCAUAUAUCAUAGCGGUAUCGUUGGACCAUGUCUACCCGUUUUUGCCAAGUAUAAGUAAAACAGCAGGAUUUGAGCCAGAGGGAUCAAUUUUUGGUUUUCUGAUGUUUUUAGUGGCGUUGAUCGGACUGCUGACGAUCUUUGCUCGAUAUCUUCAACUCAAGGGAUUCAGUCAACAAGCCGGUUUUGAGGCAAAUGUUUUGCACAAGGUGAAAUGGUUCAACACAAUUUCUCUGCUAUCUGGUGUUUCAUGUAUCCUUGGCGUUGUUUUGGUGGCAAAUUUUCGUUCUUCUGUACCACAAGUGAGUACCACGGCUUUCAGAUAAUCUAAUGUCUUGCUGGUGUAUGUACUGCCCGUUGAAGAAUAAUUGACAGAGCAGAAAAAAUUCACGGACAUAUCCCAAUAUGAAUAGUUUCAGUCUUGUUGUCAGAACGUUUAUAGGAUAUUUGAUAUACAGUAAAAACCCACGUAUAAGAACCUAGAUUUUCCCAACUUUAUAGCCUACUACAGGGCAUGUGUGAUAUGGAAUAUGUUGCUGUAUUAAAUAAUUAUCUAGCAUACAGUUUAGAUGAUAACCAUGCAGUAAUUUUAUCUUUCCAAAGUACUAGCAUGCAUGUCUUUCACGCUGCAGUGUCCAUAAAAUUCUGUGUUACAUUUUGAGUCUUACUGAGUGAAAGCUAGCCUUGACUUUCUUUUUUCCGCGUGUAUUUUCAUCUCUGCCUUCAUUUUUAUGUAAUAAGAACCUACUGAAAAUCUUAGGCUAAAUGGGUUCUUAUGAAAAGGGGGUUUAAAAUAAAAAUUUUUGCCUAACGGGCUUUUAAAUUUUAGGUUCUUACAUGUGGGUUUUUAUACUGUAUAGCAUAUAUCUUCAGCAUUCAAUUGAUCUUUUUACUCGAAUUUGCAUGAAAUGACCAGAUUUUGUUGUUUUAUGCCGUAAAAAGUACAUUUUUCCAAACAAAGAACAAAAACUUGGCAAUUUGCUUAACCCAUUCGCCCUCAGGGAAUUUUGCCGAGAAACGUGUUUGGAAGCUAGUCGAGCGGUUUCCAGGCUGGUCACUACCUAGCUAUGAAGAACUAAAACUUACCACAAAGCCGUUUACAAGUCGGACACGUCGCAGCCUUCUGACCCAAUGGUAGUUGGGGGGCAAAUAGGUUAAGACAAAAAAAGAAAUAAGGAAACAAAAGAAAAGAAAUAACGAAGUGAAAUCGCAAGUUUUUUUUCGCACAAGAUCUAUUUAUCUCCAUAUUACAGGGCAACAAUUUUGUUUACACAUACACGUCCCCUCUGGCUUAGAGUUUUUCCUGCUCAUUUUUUUUUUUUUGGCUGUCCCUGGAACAAAAAUAUCAAAUGGCUUAAAUGUCUGCUCAGCAUAAAUUUUUGUGAUACUCAAUUUGGAAUUUAGGGACCGGUCAUAAUUUGUCGCCCUCGGGGGCGGGGGGAGACGAGGAGUUUGGGGGAAUCACACGGUUUUUAAAAGAACAAGGAGAUCAGCCCUAAUUGCAUGACAGGCACUAAGGGGGGACCACGAAAAAAAAAAGGAGAAAAUUAUUUGAGGCGGUGGGGUCAAUUUAUAACUUUUUUGUUGAUCUUGUUCAAGCACGAACUGUGAUACGGCAGAUAUAACGCCUGGAGAGAAUUAAUUGUUUUUAACCUUUCUCCCUGGAGGGACUGAUCUUGGACAAUACUCCAAAGAACCGAAAAUGUUUGGAAAUAAGAGAGGAGAAUCUGUUAUUUCGUUGCUGAAAUAUCUAGAAUGAACUAAGUGAACUGAUGUUACUAACUACUUAAAAAAUGGGUUAUCGCUGUCACAAUUCUUUCCUCCUUUUCGGUCGAUUGUCGAUCGGUGCUCGACUGAGCCGAGGAACUUUACCAUCUGAACGGCCUGUAAUAUUAAGCGGGGUUUGACUUAUUUGAUACCUUAUCAACUUUUUCUCUUUAGCCAGUCAAAGCCAUAGACAGAGUUCAUAACGCUGGGACUUUGAUGCUCUUUCUUGGCGGAGGUGUAUAUUUCUGGUUUCAAACCCUCAUCAGUUAUCACGGUAUUGCAGUUAAGCUCAAUAGCAAAAGCAUGUUCCUCUUCCGGUUAGCUGUAUCCUGUAUUGUGACCAUCACUGGUGUGGUAUACCCGUUCCUCAAAGAUUUUGCCUACACAAAGUAUAGUGGUAGAGUGCAAUUAAAUUCAAUCACAGCGGCCCACUGGAGUCCAAAUGAGGGUGGGUGGGCGAUACAGGUGGCCAGUAAUGCUGGAGAAUGGAUUGAUUGCCUGUCUUUGGCGAUCUACGCUGCGUCAUUUUACAAAGAGUUUCAGACGUUCUCUCUUGACGUCUCGUAUGUUGAAAACGCUGAAUUGGAGAAAGGAUGGAAUGGAAAGUACUCAAAAAUAAGACAAAGCAAAGAAGAAGAAGUUUCGGACGAAUAA